AUGGGCGCGAGCUUUGCAAAGAUGGAAGCGCCUUUAGGCGCCGGAAGCGCUGACGACGGGUCGUCGCUCCUUCCACCGGCGGCGAGAGCGGGAAUGACGGAACCGACGACGAGCGAUGUGAACGGCAACAACAGCGAAACGAAUAAAGAGACGAACAACAGAACGACGGACUUCGGGAACCUCCCGUUGCCGUGCAAAUACGAAAACUUGCAGACGGAAAUGCUCAUGUCGCUCAAAGCGGAUUUCUUUGAAGGCGCGAGAUUUGAUUACAACAAACAGCUGAACCAGAAGUUUUUCUUGUCGCACGGGUUUUCGAUGACGAACGCGGAAAUUCCAGCCGCGAGUGGACACAUCAUUAAGAUUCCGUCGAGCUCGUACGAGUUUGGAGCGAACGUGGUGGAUUCGAAUUACAUGUUGGUUGGGAGAGUGUUUACGGACGGGAGAGUGAGCGGACGAGUGAAGUACGACGCGACGGAAAAUUUAAGCUUUCGUGUGCAGACGAGUAAAGAGAGAGAGUAUUCGCAGAUGAUGUUGGACGUAGACGCGAAAGGAUUAGAUUGGCAAGCGCAGAUGAAGUGCGGGAGUGGGGAGUUUUAUGGGGUGAAUUACAUUCAAAGCGUCACCGAGAGAGUGGCUUUGGGCGGGGAAGGGUUUUAUUUGGGCGCGAAUCAAGGAGGGAAGAGCGGCGUCGGGUUUGCGGCGAGGUAUAACGACGACGACGUGAUUGCGACCGCGCAAGUAGCAACGACUGGGAUGUGCUCGUUGACGUAUUGCCAAAAGGUUGGGGAAAAAGCGAUGUUGGCGAGCGAUUUCUCGUGGAAUUGGAACCAUCGACAGGCGAGCGGGUCAGUCGGGUACGAUUACGUGUUGCGACAGUGCAGAUUGAGAGGGUCGAUUGAUAAUCAAGGCGUGGUGGGGAUGUUUUUGGAAGAACGGCUGAGCAUGGGGUUGAACUUAAUUUUUAGCGCGCAAAUUGAUCACGCGUCGAAAAACCACAAGUUUGGGUACGGGAUGACAGUUGGAGAAUAG